CUAUUCUACCAAAGCCUUACCAUAAACAAUCAUCCAAUCCGUAUAAUUCCCUUCCCCACAUUCUCUGAGAGGAGAUUAUAAUGUCUCGUUUCUCACUCCUACUGUCUCUCGUCGUCGCCGGUGGCCUUUUCGCCGCCGCACUUGCCGGGCCGGCGACCUUCGCCGAUGAGAAUCCGAUCAGACAAGUCGUUUCUGACGGUUUACAUGAGCUGGAGAACGGAAUUCUCCAAGUCGUCGGCAAGACUCGCCAUGCUCUCUCCUUCGCUCGCUUUGCUCACAGGUAUGGGAAGAGGUACGAGUCAGUUGAGGAGAUAAAGCAAAGGUUCAAGGUAUUUUUGGACAAUUUGAAGAUGAUUCGAUCGCAUAACAAGAAAGGACUAUCAUACAAACUCAGUGUUAAUGAGUUUACCGACCUAACAUGGGACGAGUUCCGGAGAGACAGGUUGGGGGCAGCUCAAAACUGUUCAGCCACCACAAAAGGCAAUCUCAAACUCACUAACGUUGUUCUGCCGGAGACGAAAGACUGGAGGGAAGCUGGGAUUGUCAGCCCAGUCAAGAACCAGGGCAAGUGCGGAUCUUGCUGGACAUUCAGCACUACUGGUGCACUAGAAGCAGCAUAUAGCCAAGCAUUUGGGAAGGGAAUCUCUCUAUCUGAGCAGCAGCUUGUGGACUGUGCUGGAGCUUUUAAUAACUUUGGCUGCAAUGGUGGGCUCCCAUCACAAGCCUUUGAGUACAUUAAAUCCAAUGGUGGUCUUGACACUGAAGAAGCAUAUCCAUACACUGGCAAGAAUGGCUUAUGUAAAUUCUCAUCAGAAAAUGUUGGUGUCAAAGUCAUCGAUUCUGUCAAUAUUACCCUGGGUGCUGAAGAUGAACUAAAAUACGCGGUUGCAUUGGUUAGGCCCGUUAGUAUAGCUUUUGAGGUGAUAAAAGGUUUCAAACAAUACAAGAGUGGUGUUUACACCAGCACCGAAUGUGGCAACACUCCCAUGGAUGUAAACCAUGCUGUUCUUGCUGUGGGUUACGGUGUUGAAAAUGGUGUUCCCUAUUGGCUCAUCAAGAAUUCAUGGGGAGCAGAUUGGGGUGACAAUGGAUACUUCAAAAUGGAGAUGGGAAAGAACAUGUGUGGUAUUGCCACUUGCGCAUCCUACCCUGUCGUUGCCUGAAUUUUGAAUUUUGUAAUUUAUUUUCCCAAAGGGAAGUAGGCCUAAAUCCCACAUUGUCCCAGUUGAUGAUACAGCAGCAUUCGGUCUCCGUUCUCAGAUUUAUGUUCAAAACACGUAUAGUACAUACAAAGAUGAUUUAGGCUACUUAUGUAGUAAACGAAUAAGAACAGAGAUACUGAAUUUACAACAUUCGUGAAGCAAGUUAUUUAUACACAACCAUUUAAAUGUUUUUCUUCUUA